AUGAAGUUUAGUUCUGAAAAAGAACUAAUACUAUAUUAUAGGCGGUAUGCUCAGCAAUCGGGGUUUGGGGUGACAUCUAAAGGAGGUAAAAAUAAUCCAGACGAGAGUCAUAAGUACGUCACCCUUACAUGUGCUCGUUAUGGCAAGAAGCCAACUGAUGCAAUUAAUAUUCACAAGCCUAAUCCGACAACGAAAACUGGGUGUAAGGCCAAGAUCAAUGCAUUGUUCAAGGAUGGAGCAUGGUGUUUGACUACUGUUAAUGUGAACCAUAAUCAUGCUUUAAGCCCUAGUAAAACAAGAUUUUUUCGAUGCUAUAGGAGGAUAGAUGAUAAUGUGAAAAGAAGGCUCGAAUUAAAUGAUAUAAUUGUGAUAGGAGGUGCUGGAGUACUUUAUGACUACUUUACUAGAAUGCGAGAAAUGAAUGAUGGCUUCUACGCUGUGAUGGAUUUGGACGACGACUCUAGGCUAAGGAAUGUGUUCUGGGCUGAUGCACGAAGCAGGGCUGCAUAUAAGUAUUUUUGGGAUGUGGUUACAUUUGACACGACGUAUUUGACCAAUAUAUACAAAAUGCCAUUUGCUUCUUUCGUGGAAGUGAAUCAUCAUGGUCAGUCAAUACUUUUCGGGGCCGGAUUACUAUCAGGUGAGGAUACGGCCACAUUUGUUUGGUUGUUUGAAACACGGUUGAAAUGCAUGAACGGCCAAGCUCCACUUGCAAUAAUAACAUAUCAAGAUAAGGCUAUGAAAAGUGCAAUUGCAAAAGUUUUUCCUAGAGCCCGACAUAGAUUUUGUUUAUGGCACAUUAUGAAAAAAUUCCCAGAGAAGCUAGGAUCACAUGCUCAAUACAAGUGUGGCUUGAAGAGUGCCAUACAAAGUGCAAUCUAUGACUGUCAAACUUGUGUUGAAUUUGAUAACAGUUGGCAAGGUGUACUGGAAAGAAGCAUGCUGAAGGAAUUUGUUGACCAAUUUGACAAUGCUUUGAGGAGAAAGGCUGAGAAUGAGAAAGUAGCUGAUUUCAAUUCUUUUCAUGCCAUCCUUCCCUGUAUAUCUCAUUUUUCUAUUGAGAAGAAAUUUCAAGAACUUUAUACCAAUGCAAAGUUCAAAGAAGUUUGUUAG